CUGUCUCGUGACUUGACAUAUUACAGGCAUCAUAUCUAUCGUUCAUCCAUGCAGAAGUGAUCGAGACGAGAGUUCGAGUUCGGCCAGCAGUCAAGCAGAUCUAAGGUAUUUAUCUGUGCGUGCUGGUAGCAGUAGAAGCUAUUGAUGGUCUGACGGAGAUAGAGUUGCCACAUCACAGUUUUCAUUUUGGUACCUGAAAAGAAAGCUUGCCAAAGACAUCAUGUCCUCCAAUGGAAACGGAAGAAUCAGCCAGCUUCGGCUUAAAGGACCAAUAGCAGCUCCCUUCACUCCAUUCAAGCAGGAUGGGGAGAUUAACUUUGAUAUCAUGGAAGAAUAUGCAGAUAAGAUAGCUGCUGGUGGUGUUAAUAAUGUGUUUGUUAAUGGGACUACGGGUGAAGGCAUAUCCAUGACAGUACGGGAGAGAAAGGCAGCAGCUGAAAAAUGGAUAGCUCUAGGAAAGACAAGAUUUCAAGCAGUUAUUGUCCAUGUUGGAGCUGCAAAUUUGAAGGACACUCAGGAAUUAGGAAGGCAUGCAGAAGAGCAAGGGGCCAGUGCUAUAUCAACCUUACCUCCUCUUUUCUUCAAACCAUCUAGUAUAGAGGGUAUGGUGAAUUUCUUGGAGGAAGUAGCUGCUUCUGCUCCUAAAACUCCUUUCUUCUAUUACCACAAUCCAACCAUGGUUGGCAGUGAUGCAUUUACCAUGGAAAGUCUUGUGAAAGAAAUCUUCUCAUCCAGCCGGAUACCAACCCUAUGCGGUAUGAAGUAUUCAUCCCCGGACCUUUUCCAGUAUGGACGAUGUUACGCUCUCCAUGCCGACUCUUGUCAAUUCAUGUACGGGUGUGAUGAGCAACUCUUGCCAGGAAUAUCAGUUGGUGUUGAGGCAUUCAUUGGAAGUACUUAUAACUAUCUAGGCAGAGUUGCCAAUAGAUUAUAUACUGCCUUUAAUGAUGGUGAUAUAACUGUUGCAAGAAAAGAACAAUUCCGAAUUCAAGCACUUGUGGCUGUACUUAAGAAAUACGGUGGUCAUACCGGUGUGAACAAGGCCAUCAUGUCACUGGUAGGACCAGAGAUGGGCCCCGCCCGUUCCCCUCUCCAUAACCCCUCACCAGAGGAACGCGAGCUUAUACGCAAAGAUCUUGAAGCAGAAGGUUUCUUUGACUGGAUCCAGUAAGACCGGUUUCCUAAAAUAUUCAUAA